UUAGAAAGAAGGGAUUAGAUAGAUAGAUAGAUAGAGAGAGAGUGUCAGAGCACAGAGAUAGAGGAGAUGGGUUCACAGGGGGAAGAGAGAGCUCUCUUGGAAGAAGGUCUUCUUCAGGAUGAAGGCAAUGGUCUUUACACAGGUGAUGGAUCAGUUGACAUUCACGGGAAGCCGGUGCUGAAGCGGAAUACGGGAAACUGGAAAGCUUGCCCCUUCAUUCUAGGUACCGAAUGCUGUGAACGAUUGGCGUACUAUGGAAUUGCCACGAAUCUGGUUACAUAUCUUACGAAAAAACUGCAUGAAGGAAAUGUCUCUGCCGCGAGAAAUGUUACCACUUGGUCAGGCACUUGCUAUCUUACUCCCCUCAUUGGAGCCAUUUUGGCAGACGCUUACUGGGGAAGAUAUUGGACAAUUGCUGUUUUCUCCACAAUUUACUUCAUAGGCAUGUGUACUUUGACCCUCUCGGCAUCAGUUCCAGCACUAAAGCCUCCAGAGUGCUUUGGUUCUGAAUGUCCAUCAGCAACUCCAGCACAGUAUGCAGUAUUCUUCUUUGGACUUUAUAUGAUUGCACUAGGGACGGGUGGGAUCAAACCAUGCGUCUCUUCCUUUGGUGCAGAUCAGUUUGAUGAUACCGAUCCCGGAGAGAGGGUGAAAAAGGGAUCUUUCUUUAAUUGGUUUUACUUUUCUAUAAAUAUUGGCGCUCUAAUUUCAAGUAGUUUUCUGGUCUGGAUUCAAGAGAAUGCUGGGUGGGGUAUAGGAUUUGGCAUUCCUGCAUUGUUCAUGGGACUCGCAAUUGCUAGUUUCUUUGCAGGCACAUCCCUAUAUAGAUUCCAGAAGCCUGGGGGGAGCCCUGUUACACGGAUGUCUCAAGUUUUGGUUGCAUCAUGUCGUAAGUGGAACCAGGAGGUCCCUAAAGAUAGUACUCUCCUGUUUGAAACACAAGACAAAAGCUCUGCAAUUGAAGGAAGUCGUAAACUUGAGCACAGUGAUGAACUAGAGUGCCUUGAUAAAGCUGCUGUUAUAACUGAUUCUGAGACGAACAGUGGGGACUUCUCCAAUCCUUGGAGGCUUUGCACAGUAACUCAGGUGGAGGAACUGAAGAUUUUGAUCCGCAUGUUUCCCAUUUGGGCUACUGGAAUAGUCUUUGCUGCCGUUUAUGCCCAAAUGUCCACAAUGUUUGUGGAACAAGGGACAAUGAUGGACACAAGCAUCGGUUCUUUCACCAUUCCUCCAGCCUCUCUCUCAACUUUUGACGUGAUCAGCGUUAUCUUCUGGGUUCCUGUUUAUGACACGGUAAUUGUCCCCAUUGCAAGGAAAUUCACAGGCAAGGAAAGGGGCUUCUCGGAGCUGCAAAGGAUGGGAAUUGGCCUCUUUCUUUCAGUUCUGUGUAUGUCAGCUGCUGCUGUGGUAGAAAUUAAUCGGUUGCAGCUUGCCAAAGAGCUCGAUUUAGUUGACAAACCGGUAGCUGUGCCAAUUAGCAUCUUUUGGCAAGUACCCCAAUACUUUUUGUUGGGUGCUGCAGAGAUUUUCACAUUCAUCGGACAACUUGAGUUCUUCUACGACCAAUCUCCGGAUGCUAUGCGGAGUUUGUGCAGCGCAUUAUCGCUCCUGACAACUUCACUAGGAAAUUAUCUUAGCUCUUUUAUUCUGACUGUUGUAACUUACUUCACAACGCAAGGUGGGAAGCCCGGAUGGAUACCGGACAACCUGAAUGAGGGUCAUCUUGAUUAUUUUUUCUGGCUUUUGGCCGGGCUCAGCUUCCUUAACAUGUUAGCUUACGUCGUGUGUGCCAAAAAGUACAAGCAGAAGCUGGCUUCUUAAAGAGUCUCCGGUGAAAUGCGUCAUCUGAGAGAAAUGGUGAACGAUGAACUGAAAGAGGCUCAAGGGUUGAAAGCCAAAGUAUGAACCCUAUGUUCUUUCCAUUGGUUUGUAAAUAAGCAUCACAAUGUGUUGAAAAAUAUAUUUUGAACUUCCUCUUAGAUGUAAGGAAAUUUGUUUCAACUUGAUUUUACUUGAGAAAAAAGGAGCACUGUAAUUGUAUUGUUUAUGCAUUUGGUACCAAGUAUUUCUUUUUCAA